CUCUUUAUUCCUAUUUAUUUUUCCUUGCUCUCUACUCUGCAGUUGCGCUGGAGGAGGACUGCGUGGACUUUCAGGGCAACAAAGUGAACCACGGCAUGCUGUACGUGCCCGGGCCAGGCGUUUGCAGCCUAUGCGUUUGCUAUCAUUCCGAGCCGCUGUGGUGCAAGGCCAUCUACUGUGAUCCGCCCUACUUCUGUAAAAACUUCAGAGUGGGCGAACGCUGUUGCGAAUUCGAAUGUCUGGAUCCGCCGGGCGAGGACAAGCUUUAUCAGGAACGUAUGCGUAAGCGUGCCGAAAUUCUGGCUGGUAAUAGUACUGCAUGUCAGCUACAGGUCGCCCCGUUGGCCGUAUCGACCAUAAUGCUCGGCUAUCUGGGCAACAGCUUUCUCAGCUUAUAACUUGAGCAGAAAUCGUCUGAGUAUAUAGCUAUAAGUCAGCCAGUCGAAAAGAUCUUAAGAUAUAUAGCGGGCAGGUACAAUUUUGUUAACUAUAAAACGAUCCUAACCAAAUCCUAAAAGCUAAAUAAACAAGAAACCCAAAAAUCAAUUAAUUAUUACAAUGUAAUAAAUGAAG